GGGUCUAAGUAAAAACAUCGGCAGUCCGCACUCCCCACUCCGCACAACUGCACAACUCCAAGACUGCAGGGCGCGGGGGAAGAGGUAGCAGUCGAGCAGUCUGUUUCUUUCUGCUUCAGCAAACCCCCCUAAGGCCAAAUCCCAAUUCCCAACCUAGCAAUCUAGCACGCAGCAACCCUCGUCGAUCGUCAGUCGUUGCCUCGCUAAUCGGCCGUCGAACGGAUGCCAGCACGUCGGAGACUCGGAGUGUUGGAUCCGGACGGCGCACGGCGGUUUAGACUGUUUAGUUUCUGCUGUAAUUGCUCUUUGGUGGUAAACUGAGAGCUGCUCUUCAAUUGUAAGCAGAGGCUUGACUCCUGAGAACAGCUGCCUAAGUCACGGCUAAAGUGCUAAGUGCCUAACAGGGAAAUCCAAAUUGAGUCUCCCUAAGACAUACUAGCCUCACUGGAGAGGAGAGCUACAGACGGAAACACUUCACAGCAAGUCGCAAGGUCAGAGAGAGCUAGAGACUCCUGCACGCUCGCCUCGCAUCUUAUGCCUGACCGUGUCGCGUUGUUAGCCUGUCGCCCACGCCUGUCCACCGCCUCCCGCCUCGUGCGGCUGCCCAGCGCCCUCUUGCUCGCUAAUAACUCCAGGAGCCUGGAGCCAGGACGCUGACCGCCAAUAGCCCGCCACUGCUACCCUGACCGUCUGCCAGUAUCCAGCCCUAGAUUGUAAUUGAUGCGGACAAAUAAAGGCGCACUAUCAACAAAGCUUUUGAACAUAAGUGUAGCAUACUUAUGUAAAUCCAAACAACUAGAGAAAGCAGAAGAACUACUAGUUGACGGUAUAAGAGUAGGAGUACAGUUGGACGUGGUAACCUAUAACACUCUAAUCCCAGCAUAUUGUCAAUUUUUUGGAAUUAAUGAAGGGUAUUCAGUUCUUGAAAGAAUGCGAGAAUCCGGCAUUAGACCAGACGUCGUAACAUAUAAUUCUUUGAUAUCUGGGGCUGCUAGACAUUCCUUGUUAUCCAGAUGCAUCGAUCUGUUUGAUGAAAUGCUGGGAUCUGACGUUUUUCCUGACAUUUGGAGUUACAACAUGUUGAUGCAUUGUUAUUUCAAAUCCGGAAAACCAGAUGAGGGCUAUAGAAUAUUCCGGGACAUUCUUUUGAAGGGCUUCCCACCGGGUAAAGCAACAUUUAAUAUCCUAAUGAACGGUCUUUGCACGAAUGGAUAUGCAAAGAAUGCCAUGAAGCUAUUUAGGAACUUAAAACAUAAUGGAUUUAUACCUCAGUUGGUAACAUACAACAUCCUUAUUCACGGGCUUUGCAAAUCUGGUUGUCCCGCAUUUGCCAGAAGGCUUUUGAAAGAGCUGGUGAAAACGGGACAUACUCCCAAUGCUGUUACAUAUACCACAAUAAUGAAGUGUUGUUUCAGUUCAAGACGUUUCAAAGAAGGGCUUUGCGUCCUUGAAGAUAUGAGAAGCAAAGGGUUUGUAUUUGAUUCACACGGUUACUGUACAGUGAUUAGCUGUUUGCUUAAGGCGUGUAGGACAAGGGAAGCUCUUGAAUGUUUGGAGAAUAUGAUUUGUAAUGGGAUUAAGCUUGAUAUGGUGACUUAUAACAAUCUCAUUAAUCUUUAUUGUAAGCACGGGAAAAUAGAAGAUGCAUUCUCUUUGGUUGAAGAUGCAAAAGGAAGAGGGUUGGAGUGUGACAUAUACACACAUACUAUUUUGAUUGACGGUAUGUGUAAGGCGGGAGAUAUAGAAGGUGCACUCCAACAUUUGGAUUAUAUGGCUAAGAAGAGAAUUGUGCCAAAUUUGGUUGUUUUUAAUUGUUUUAUUAAUGGGUUGUGUAAAGUUGGUCACAUUGACCAUGCAUUGGAUGUAUUUGAAUCUAUGGUUGAGAAGGAUGGUUUUACAUAUUCAUCAAUGGUGAACGGUCUUUGUAAGGUAGGGAGGUUUUGUGAAGCUUCUAAGGUGUUGCUUUCUUGCGUUAGAAGUGGUGAGAAAAUUCUAAAGUCAGACAAAGAAGCAGUUAUUAAUGGUCUGUGUCGUUCUGGCUUAAAUCGUGUAGCAAAAAAUAUGCAAUCAAAAAUCCGGGUGGAAAAGAUACUGAAUUAUGAAUGAGUUGACAUACAUUUGAGAAUUUUGCUCUUUCAAAAACCGUGGACAACUUUUGCAGAUAAGCCAUUAUCACAAAACUUGCGGGAUAUGUUGGAGAAAUGGUAAUAUUUGAGUAUGUCUGAGGUAGGAAUCGAUUCUUCCAGCAAUAGAGAUGAGUUUUGUUUUCUACUCUCUCUGUCCCAGAAAAAGGAGACCUGUUUGAUCAAGGGGCAACCAGCAGCAUAUAAAUUUCUAUUAGGCUUAUGAAGCAAUGUUUUUUGGGAGAGGGAUUACUUAAUAGCUGUUCAGAAAGCGGGUUAAGAAAUUUCAAACCAGUCCGUUCGACCAUGUUUUGUGGGCAUGAGAAGAAAUUGAAUCAUGGGGACUACAUUAAAAGAUGUCUGCAAAUUGAACUAGACGAAAGGAAUGUCUCUUGGCAAAAAGUGUUGGUUCCACAGCUCCUAGAGUCCUAGUUAUCAUGAUGAAUUGCUAACUAUUGAACUCAUGGGAAAGAAAACAUGGUGCUAGUGCAUCUCUACUUCUUCGCUCACUCCUUCACAUCGCCAACGCCUUCUUAAAUUUCAUUGCCGUUCAUAAACUCCUCAACGUUUGUUCGCUGCCAUCACUGCUACGAGCUGCACCUAGACAUCACGGGAUUUCCAAGUUCUUCAGACAGUUCUUGUUCUAUCAGGGAGUUCAAGGAUUGAAUUUGGGUUAAAGAAAUUGCAGAAAGCCCUUGUUUCAAAAGCUUUCAACAACGAGGUCCGCAAUUUAUUUUGUUUGACAUUGUUUCAGAAUUGGCCACAUCAUCCAUCUCACCAACUUACUCCUAGUAUAAAUAGCAGCAUUUAUUUCGUUAUAAGGGGUUACCAUUUUGAUACUCACUAUGCAAUAUAUCAUUCUAGCUCUUGUAUUGGCAACUUGUCUGUAACUCCCGUUCGACCAUUUCCUUGUAAACAACAUUUAUACACUAAUAUAAUUGGGCUAUUGAACCA